GCCCCUUUGAACUCUGGAAGUUUGAACUACUUUGGAAAAAAGGCACCACAUUUCGAAGCACACCCGGAAGGACCUACCCACAGCUAGGCAUCUCACUUCGCAACGCCCAGCGUGACGGGGCGCGGCAGCUGACGGAAAAAGCAUCCCGGAUAGGAACGGAAAUGAUAACAACAAAAUACUUUUUUCUGCUCAUCUCUGCUGCCGGAUUUGCGGUCAUUAUCCUGUAUCACUGGUUUUCCACUAAGGUUACUCUUGAAGAUAAGCAGCUCACGGUCCACUUUGCAGAAGGCAACAAUGCGCAACUGAUGCACAACAGCCCCAACUACUGGCAAACAGGCACGGCAAAGGUGGAAGACAGCACGACCUACCGAAAUUAUGACGAAAAAUUUGUGAUAAUUUACAACCGGGUACCGAAGACUGGUAGCACCAGCUUCGUCAAUCUUACAUAUGAUCUGUGCAAGAAAAAUGCAUUCCACGUACUGCACAUUAACAUUACCGCAAACAUGCACGUACUGUCACUACCAAAUCAGCUUAAAUUUGUACGAAACAUUACCGCGUGGGACAGCAUGAAACCUGCCUUCUAUCAUGGUCACAUGGCGUUCUUAGAUUUCGCAAAAUUCGGUAUGCCAUCGAAACCGUUGUACAUAAAUCUUAUCCGGCAGCCACUAGACCGAUUGGUUUCCUACUACUACUUUCUGCGGUACGGCGACGACUACCGGCCGUAUUUGGUGCGGCACCGAGCUGGCGAUACAAUGACAUUCGACGAAUGCGUCGCCAGGCAGAAGCCAGACUGUGAUCCCACGAACAUGUGGCUACAGAUCCCGUUCUUCUGCGGGCAUCACGCCGAAUGCUGGAACCCGGGCAGCAGCUGGGCGCUCGAGCAAGCCAAGCGCAAUCUCGUCAACGAGUACUUCCUCGUGGGUCUAACCGAGGAAAUGGACGAAUUCAUCGAGCUGCUCGAGCUGUCGCUACCGCGUCUUUACCGAGGCGCGAUAAGCCACUUUCAAAAGUCCAACAAGUCCCAUCUGCGCAAAACAAAAUCCAAGGUCGAGCCGGCCGCCGAAACGGUGGCCAAAAUUAAGGAGUCGGCCGUGUGGCAGAUGGAGAACGAGCUGUACGAGUUCGCACGGGAUCAGUUCCACUUCGUGCAGAAAAAACUGCACACGCCGGGCAAGAACGUGAUGCAGGAUUUCAUGUACGAGAAAAUUAAACCCAACCCAAAUGGUGCCGCCAAGAACUGAUAUCGGAACCGGGAUCCGUUGAAGCCGAAAUCU